GUCUAAUAAACCGUAGGGGGAGGCGAUUAAAGUGUCAGUGAGGAUCUGUGUGUGGACGGUCAAGGGGUAAUAAAUAAUUUUUGGUCACACACGUGGGCGUCACAGUGAACCCUCAGCUAGAACUUUCUCGGUAGUCUUCUUCAGAGAGACCUUGCUGCUUCGAGAAACCCGUCCCCGUUUACUGUACGUCAUCAAACGGACCCUUUAAAGCGUCUGUAGCGGCUGUAAUGGCACAAUAUUCAGGAGCGAAGCAAUAUCAGAGUAUGAAAACACUGUCUCCAGUCGAAACGAUGGCAACUAACGAUCCUCUACCACCUGGGUGGGAGAUCAAAAUUGACCCGCAGACAGGUUGGCCGUUUUUUGUGGAUCACAACAAUCGCACAACGACGUGGAAUGAUCCGAGGCAUGACACGAAAAAGAUUUUUUCAAAUGGCCCCUCUAUGUCCCCUGAGUCUCCUCAGGACAUGCACAAAUCCUUUAUUCAAGAGAUGAGACAACCAAUGCUACGCCAGGGGUACAUCCCCAUCCCAGUCUCCCAUGAAAACACUGAACCCAGGCUGCAGCAGUAUCCGAGUUUCUCCUACAUCCACCCAGCAGUGCAGCAAAGUUUGAGAACAGAUGGACGUACGCCUUCCCCAACCCCAGCAUCCCACUGUCGGCCUAGAUCUCCAGUGCAGGCCCCAUCGGAAGCAUGUUUGUCUUGCUCACCUGCUUCACACGGGCCUGAGGUUCAUCAACCACAGGGCACACACCAACAAAUGAGUGGCCUUCAUCAACAGCCCCGACCCAGCAAUACAGGUCUCCGGGUGGGCUACAUCCCUAUUCCGGUGAUCCACGAGGGUGUAGGGGGCGCCUCACAAUCCCAACCUAGCCAAAGUUCACACCCCACGCGAGAAAAAAUGCCAAUCUACCGUGAACAAGUGCCCAUUCAGAUCCAACAGAAUCGAGCUGCCGGUCCCAUCUCGGUCCCCUUACUGGCCCAGUCACCAGUCAUGUCUCAGAUCAUGGGAGAGAGACCCCAGGUCCAGCAACACAUUGGUCAUGCAGCAAUGUCACCUAAAGCUGAACAACCAGUUGAAGAAAUUGUCAGAGCGCCUGCAUUUGAGAUUCCCAUUCAAAGAGUUAGUGAUGUUCCUCAGCAAAUACAUCAUCAGCCAGUACAACCACAACAACAACAACCUACACAAGCACCUCAGCCAAAAGCACAACACCCCGUACCCCAGUCACCGCAGGUAUCAGAGACAUCCAAUAUUACCAUACAAUUUCCUCCUGCACCAGAACCCCAGGAAACCACUGCCCCUCAAACACCUCAAGAGGUCCUACCCCCACAAGUCCAGCCUGAGGAGAUUCUAGAACAAGAUCUGAGCCACCCAGGACUGAUCAAAGUGCAGCAGAUAGUGGAACGUGUGGAGAAACUGGCACAAGAUGUGAGAAGUUUCGAUGGGAAGAAGAAUGAUAAAAGAUACUUGAUGCUGGAAGAGAUGUUGACCAAAGAACUUCUGGCUCUGGACUCGGUAGACCCUGAAGGUCGCCCAGAUGUGCGUCAGGCUCGGAGGGAUGGCGUCCGCAGAGUUCAAACCAUUCUAGAUGAACUGGAGGUGUUUGGAGAGCCGACGGAAGGGCUGAUUGACCAGGCAAACACAGAGAAGGUCAAGGAGGUUUUAUAAUUGCACAAAGAAGGCACAAAUUUGAGAAGAACACUAAUCAAAUCCCCUUUCUUGUUUUUACUUGUGCAAUUAUUAUAAGUUGCAUGCAUGAAUAAUUGAAGUUUUCUGUUGGAAAUGAUCUAACGUGAUUUGUUUACUGAGUGCAAUCAUGUGUGCUGUUAUGUGAUGCUGCUGUUGUUGAAUCUCACCAUGCCAGUGUCUUGUAGCAAAAGACAUAGUGGUGACAAGUUAUAUUCAAAAACACAUGAAAAUGAGGCCUUGAACCAGAAGAAAGUAUUUUAACGUUCAAAAAGUAUCUUUUGUACCAUGUUGAAUGAAUGAAUGAUAAAACGUUUUUGAAUAUUC